AUGGUGUACUGGGCUCUGCUCACCGACCUCAUCGCCGCUAUCUCAUCCACCGUCACCGACGCGUCGUUUUUCCCCCGAGUCUUCCUCAAGCUGCUCAAGGCCGGAUGGACCUGCUGCACCUCCCCGUGCCGCCUCUAUGCCAAGGCAUGCAAGGCGUCAGCUUACCCCCUCCCUUCAAUGCCCAACAGCAGUAGCAGUGGCGGAUGGUUUGGCGACCAUACAAACGAAUCGGUCAGAUCUCAUCAUGCAUCCUGCAGUGGCGCCCAUCUUGGUGGUCCUCCAUCUGAUGCUGCUGCAGAUGCUGCCGCGAACAGCAGCAUCGCAGAUCCUCCGGCUUCUGAAGGCGUCGAUUGGCUGGUGGAGUCGCAGGCCCGAAUGGGACCGGAAGGCUGUCUGCAGACCGACAUCCCGCUGUCGCAAGGCGAGCAGCAGGAGCAGAAGAGGCGGCAGCAGCUGCGAUGGCGGAAACGGCUGACCGCGACGUUCCGCAGCCGCUACACCAAAUCGGCUUCUGCUGUCGAGACGUCCCGGAAUGCGACUGCGGGUGCAGGCGUCGGUCGGAAAGGAAGCGCUGUCAACGGAAAGGGUAUGGACGCCGCGGAUGGAGUAGCGUCGCCGUGCUCGCCUGACGCCGUCACUCCCAUCGUGCUGGUUCAUGGAAUCUUCGGGUUCGGCCACGGGAAGUUCGGCGGCAUAUCGUACUUCGGCGGCGCGGAGUACCGGCACGACAAGGUGCUGGUGCCGGACCUGGGAUCGCUCACGAGCAUUCACGACCGAGCCAGGGACCUCUUUUACUACCUCAAGGGCGGCACCGUCGACUAUGGCGUCGAGCACAGCGCCGCUUGUGGCCACGACCGCUUCGGCAAGACAUACGCGCAAGGCAAGCACCCGCUGUGGGACGCGCAGCACCCGAUACACCUGGUGGCGCACUCGUCCGGCGUGCAGGCCGCCAGGAUGCUACAGCACAUGCUCCAUAACAAGGAGUUCGAGGGGUACGACGACACGAGUGCGGACUGGGUGGCAUCCAUCACAUCGCUGUCCGGUGCGCUAAACGGCACCACGCGCGUCUACAUCGAUGGCCUCUCCGUGCGCGACGGCGUGACGAUGCGCCCCAUGUGCCUGCUGCAGGUGCUGCGCAUCGGCUCCAUCAUAUUCGAGUGGCUCGACAUCGCCCCGCUUAAAGCCUUCUACUCCUUUGGCUUCGACCACUUCCCGCUCUCCUGGCGCCGCGUGGGCCUCUGGGGGCUCGUGAAGGCGCUGGCGGGGAAGACAGGGCCGUUCGCGUCGGGCGACUGGAUGCUGCCAGACCUGAGUCUGCACCACAGCAUGGAGCUUAACAAGAAGCUGCAGACGCACCCCAACACCUACUACUUCAGCUAUGCGACAGUGAAGACACGCAAUCUGAUGGGAUGGGUGGUGCCCGCGGCUCUCUCCAUCCACCCCAUCUUCACCCUCCGCUCGCUGCAGCUGUGCCUAUGGCGCCUCCCCAAACACGCACCUAAACCCUACCCUACCUACCGCGACAAGGACUGGUGGCACAACGACGGUGCGCUCAACACCAUCUCCAUGCUCUACCCGCGCUUCCCCACGCCACAGCCGCACUCGCCCCUCCCCCGCAUGCAGCCCUCGCAGGGCACCCCACCAUACAAGCCAGGCAUCUGGUACUUCUCCCUCCUGGAGGCAGAUCACAUCCUGUUCAUCAUCAGCCGGCAGCGUGCGGGCGUGCGCUUUGACGUGCUCUACGACUCCAUCUUCCACCGCUGCCGCACCGACCUCACUGCCCUAUCCAUCAUCGCCUCUGCUGACGCCAAUGCCGCCCCCUCCGGCUCGCUUACUGCUCAGACUGCUGCUGCUGUUGCUGCUGCAGAUGGAGGAUGGCUGGGGGCUGAGCAGGGUCAGGUGUCGGGGGAGGGAGAGGAGGUGCAGGAGGGAGUGGGGUUGGCAUUGAGUGAAGUGGGGGCAAAGGUGAACAGUGGUGCUGGGACCACCACGUCUCGUUCAUAUCGCCUUGUCACUUCCUCCUCCACGCCCUCCUUUUUGCCCUCCAAUGUUGCUUCGCCACGUGGCAAGUGCGAGAAGGCUGGAGGUGCAGUUUCAGGGGCAGGGCUUGGCUUAGAUGGUGGCAGGGCAGGGGGUAAGUGCAGAGAGAUCAGUGAAAACGGGGUGGUGGAUGGGGAGGAGGGCAGCACAGAGAGUGUGCUUGAGUGGGCUCCCCAGUACAAGUGGGCUGUUGGUGAGAAUGAAGUGGAGGAAGUGGAGGAGGGGAAAGAGAUGGGGUACUACCAGUACCAGGAGCAGGAGGCGCAGGGUGCGAGGGUAGACGGGUGCCAUGAGUGCGACAGGCAGCAGAAGGCACUGGCAGCAGUGGUGGAUCUAUUUGGUGCGCCGCUCACCAAUGUGUGCGUGUGCAGCUUGAGGAAUGGCCGUGGCGGCAGUGGGAGCAGGAGUGGCAGCGGGAUGCGAAGCAGCAUGAGCCUGGACUUUCUUGGGGACAUGUGGUCGUGGAAUGGAGGGAAGGACGUGAGCAGCGGUCGCACCAGAAAGGGAAAGGAAAACACGGCCAGAAUAAGAAAGGUUAGCUGGUGGGGAGGAACAGGCCUUCAGAAGCACAAGCAAGAAUUGCUGUCCUUGGAAGGGGAGGAGCAGGAUGGUGGGAGCACUGCUGUUCACUGCGGUGCUGGGGGUGUGACGGCUCUUGACUGGGGCUGUAUGCCACCUCAGCACAUUGAGUAG